AUGGCUUCUCUUCCCCUCUUCACUAGCUGGGCGUCGGAGAUUAAGCAACAACUCAAUAUCAAAGAAGAAACUCCCAAGAUGAACGGCACACACACUGAGGCUGCUGCUGCGCCGGCGACGAACGGUUUCUCGUCAAAGGCUAAUAUCGGUGUUUACACCAACCCCGCGCAUGAUCUCUGGGUCGCGGAGGCGGAACCCAGUCUGGAGGUUGUGCAAAGAGGAGGAGAUUUGAAGCCGGGAGAGGUUCUUAUCAAUGUCAAGAGCACGGGAAUUUGCGGGAGUGAUAUUCACUUCUGGCAUGCUGGCUGCAUCGGACCCAUGAUAGUAGAAGACACGCACGUCCUCGGCCACGAAUCCGCGGGCACAGUAAUGGCAUGCCACGAGUCCGUCACGCACCUCAAGCCCGGCGACCGCGUAGCCAUCGAACCCAACAUCAUCUGCGGCGAAUGCGAGCCCUGCCUCACAGGCCGCUACAAUGGAUGCGAGCGCGUCCUCUUUCUGUCCACACCACCCGUCACCGGCCUCCUGCGCCGCUACCUCAAGCACCCAGCUAUGUGGUGCCACAAGUUGCCCGACAGCAUGACUUUCGAAGACGGCGCUAUGUUGGAGCCUCUCUCCGUUGCUCUUGCUGGCAUGGACCGCGCAAAUAUCCGCCUGGGUGACCCCACCAUCGUCUGCGGCGCUGGCCCCAUCGGCCUCGUCACACUUCUCUGCUGUCAAGCCGCCGGCGCGACUCCCCUCGUAAUCACCGACAUCGACCAAGGCCGUCUCGACUUUGCCAAAACCCUCGUUCCAGGCGUCCUCACCCAUAAAGUCGAAUUUAGCCACUCCGCCACUGAUUUCCAAUCCGCCAUCCUCAAACUCACUGACGGUGUCGAGCCCUCGCACGCCAUGGAAUGCACCGGCGUCGAGUCCUCCAUCUGUGCCGCCAUCCAAACCGUAAAGUUCGGCGGCAAAGUCUUUGUCAUCGGUGUUGGAAAGAACGAGAUGAAGAUUCCAUUUAUGCGACUGAGUACCCGGGAGGUGGAUCUGCAGUUCCAGUACCGCUACUGCAACACUUGGCCCAAGGCUAUCCGGUUAUACAAGUCUGGUGUGAUUGAUUUGAGCAAGUUGGUUACGCAUAGGUAUAAGUUGGAGGAUGCGGUUGAGGCGUUUAAGACGGCUGCGGAUCCCAAGACGGGGUGUAUUAAGGUGCAGAUUCAGAGUUUAGAUUAG